CUACACCUUUACUUUGUUUUUGAUAAAACCGUUAAAUAAUUGCACAAGAACUUACUGGAUCUUAUCUUGUCAUUUAUCCAUUGGAUCUUCUUGAUAAAUACUGCAUCUCACGUGUUUAAUUGCUGUGUUUUGGUCAUUAAAUUCUUGUGUUAAACCGAAUAAGAUUCUUAUGAGAAAAUCUUGUGGUUUUGUGUCUUUGAUAAGUUUCAGAGUUGGCAUUGAAUAUUUAUGAUCAAUAAACAUCUAGCAGCACUGCUCUUUUAAAGCUUAAAAUUAUUAAGAAUUUUACGUAUCUUUUGAAGCUUUAAACUGCUUUAAACGUGCAUUAGGAGCAAUGCUUAAAGCAUACUCAUCAAAAAUCGUGAACGAAAACUGUUGUAAGGUUUUGAAACAUUUAAAUUUGGAAAGUUCGUUGAAAAUGAGCAAAUGUCUUCUUUGUUUAUUUUGAAAAAAAUCCUCGUGUAAAUCAUAAAAAUUAUUAAAAGUCAUUAAAAGCAUAGUUAAUUUAUUUUAUAAAUAGAGAAAAUACAAUAAACAUUAACAAGAGCAAAAAAAGAUUUAUAAUUCAAUGAUCGCAAAACCAAAACAAUCGCAAAAUCAUCAAAAUAGUCGUAAAAGUAUUUUUUGUAAACAUUUGUGUUAUAUUUUGUAUAAAGAUUAAGCUCGCUAGAACAUCAAUUAAGUAGAGCGCAGCAUCAGAAUAUGAAGACAAGUCAAGCCUUAGCGUAUGCCUUUAGAUUGAACUACAGUCAGAUCACUUCUGAAGUGAAUGGACCUGUUCGACAGAUCGCAAAAAGCGGUCACACUGGAUUGUCAGCUGCAUUAUUGGCUGCAAUCGGUUUAGGGCUGAGCUCAUUCUCAGUUAAACAAAUGGUAACGAAAUCAACACGGAAAUUUUAAGCUUGCACCAAGAAUUUCUCAUUAAAUAAAAUAAUUGAAAAUUAUUUAAGACGUAGAGAGGAUGUCAUGGAUGUGAUGGAUGUGAAUUAGAUAUCAAAUUCCUAGGAUAAUUUUAUGUUUAAUUUAUGCUUUCAAGAUCAGUAAUUAUGUAUUGACGUUAAUUCACUCCUCAUUUUGUGAUUCUAAUCUCAUCGAUUAAUACGAGUAUCAAUGCAAAAAAAGCUCCUUUUAGGUUUUAAUUACAUUGAUAAAGAUUUUAGUGGCACUUUUAGGGUAGAGGCUUGAAAACAAAAAGAAUAGUAAAAGAUAUAAUUUGUGAAGUGCAAAUGAGAUGAUAUUUUAUUUUACAUUUUUAUGAGAAUCAAUAAUUUUUUUGUGUCAAUUUUUUAAGCUUAAUUAAUUAGCCUUUUGGAAAUUAUAAUAAAAUAUGCCAUUUGUGCAUCAUUUUUAUUCAAAACUAACGCAAA